GAAAAAGCCCUGCCGCUGUCAUUGUUCUCCUCAACGGCCUCCGAUUCGCGGCCGACGAGCUGGCGAAGCUGGCGGAGGCCUGCGUAUCAAAGUGAAAAACCCCCCCGCCCCAUACUCUAUCAGCUGGACGCCUGCAAUGCUGGUUCGUGGCCAAAAGUCGUGCUGUCAUGCUAGAAGGGAAAAGAUGCGGGCCGUAGUGCUGGCAGGUGUGAGGAGACCUUGCGUCUUCAGCAUGACAGGAGGCGACUGGAAGUGGGAAAAAGCGUCACAAAUUGGCUGCAAAAAAGGACGCAGCUGCGUCCCUUGAUCUUCUAGCAAUACAAAGCGACUUGCGUACGCAAAUCCAGCAUCACAAAUCUCCUGUCCGAUAUAAGGCGGGGGGAUUUUUCCUUGCAAUACUGUGAGGAGCUACAUGAGCAGUGCGUGCGCAUCUUCGUCCAGGGUUCUGCUGUGAUUGACCUGAACGCCCGCAAUUAUCUGAAGCUAUCAGGUGCGAAAGUGUCUGGGUCUGGAAGAUUCUAAACUUGUGGCGUUGUCUUUGGAUUCGAAAAGGGUCUGCAUUGCAUGACCAGGAAGAGGGGUAGACUUCGUGCUCUGCGGAGAUGGCAUUUGAUUGUCGUGUGGAAUAGGCAUGAGGAAGCGCGCCAAAAAGCAGUGAUGCUACGGCAUGCAUCACAGACAUCAUGGGUCAUGGAAAAUAUGCAUCACAAAUCUAGAAAUCUUCCAGACCCAGACAUUUUUGCACUGGAUAGAAAACGUGGCGCGUCAACUCGGUAAAGAGCAAGCACAACUGGCGGAAACAAGUGGAGAAGCACGUCGAUCAUAUCCUCGACAAUGUCCUCCAGAAACGACUGCCGGCCGAGAUUCACGGGCUGAUCACGGAUUGGCUGGCUCCGCGACCAGCGCCGCCCGCAAUCGACGCAAAAGAGGAACGGAUCCUGGACCGUGAGACGAGCGUAGCGUCACGCAUCGCACUCCUGGACUACGACGCGGACGUCGCUAAGCUAUCAAAUGUAAAUGUGUCUGGGUCUGAAAACCUGUGAUGCUGAUUUGCUGCUGAUUGCAACGCCUGCCAUGGCAGCCAAGCAUGACAAGUUUUUGAAACGCUUUCUGAUGUCUAGCACGCAUUACAAACUCCGUUUUUACAUGACAAAGGAAGCGGCUCUUCUGCUGCUCACGCAACACAGAUUUUCCAGGAAUGCAGGACACGCAUUACAAUUUCCACUUUUCGAGACCCAGACAUAUUUGCAUUCGAUAGAAACGCGAGACCGACGAGAAAGUAGCGAAGUUUCUGCAGCACGAG